AUGCCAGCAACAGCAAUUGAUUCAUUCAACAACAUUUCCAGCAAGAGUCACGAGUACGUUAAUGUAGUUGAGAAUGUCGCCGUCAAGUUUUUACAAAGUGCUUUCGAGAAUGAACACAUUAAUGCUAUAGAAGAUGAUCGCUACAAUCAUGUCAUCACCAGAAUCCAAUCACGGUUUAAAAACUCGUUAACACCUAAUGAAAUACUGGCCUUUGAAUUCCACCCGGCUGGUCACUCGUUAGCAUACAGUAGAAUUGAUGGUUCUAUUACUAUUUGGCCAUCUAUUCAAGCCACUUUUAUUCCAGGAAAGAUGAUACAUAUUAAAGAUGCAUGUGGAACCGAUAAAUUAGUAACUUCAAUCUCAUGGAAUCCUAAUGAAAUAACACAAUUGAUUACUUCUUGCAAUUCUGAUGAACUAGAUAUAUGGGAAUACGACGAAUUGAAUUUAAAGGCAUCCAAAGUGAGGAGCAUCUCGGUCGAUCAUAAAACUAAGCUUAAUAACGCUUUAUUUGAUCCCACUGGCGAAUAUAUACUUGCAAUUACCAAAUCAGACUCAAUUUACUUAUUCAGCGCAAAAGAUGACUAUAGGCUGUUACAUACUAUAAAAUUGAAAUCCAUUAUGAGCAGUGAUACACUAUAUUCUGUAACAUGGGACAGUUCAGGUUCUAAUAUUUUCCUUGGAACUAAAAAUGGCAGUAUUAUAGCUAUGAGCAUAAAUAAAGAAAAUAAUGAAAUGUUCAAGGUACUAGAAGUAACAGCACAUAGGUUUUCAGUUACAUGUUUAAAAAUAGAUCCAUUGGGCAGAUAUUUAUUUUCUGGUAGCAAAGAUGGCUCCUGCUCAAUAUGGGAGCUUCGAACUCUCAUAUGCAUUAAAGAGAUAUCUGGGUUAGAAUCUAAUAUUUUAUCAAUGGAUAUCUGCCAUUUAGGGAAAAUGUUAGGUUUAUGUCUAGAAGAUGAGAGGGUAUGCUUUUGUGAUGUAACGACUGGAAAGAUAAUAUAUGAAUCAUCUUUAUCCGGCUCUAAUUCAGAACCACUACUAAGAUUUUUCCCAGAUAAGACUAUGUUUAUUUUAUCUGGUAAGAAUGACACUCUGGAGAAACAUUUCUAUGGGUCAGGUAAAUUGUCAUUACUAUCAGUUUUAUCCACAGAAUCCAGAAAAAAUGGAGAUUCUAAAGGUCACAGCAAAGGAAUAUCGAAGAAAAGUAGCAAGAAAAGUAAUACCGAUAGAGAGAAGAGUCAAGGGCCGAGAUCUACACGUCCUAACCGUAAGAGUAGGUUCCUGGCAUCGAAGAGACGUUAA